AUGGCAAAGCUCGGGACCGGAGGACCAACCUCCGAGCCGAGGGACGCAAAGCACAGCGGCCCGACAAGGGACCACGCUGGCUCUCCGCGCGGACCGCUGGCCUCCCGUGCGCUCCCCGCCGCCGCCGCCGCGGGGAGCCCGCCCCGGGGCGGGGAAGCCGCGGGAGGGGUUCGCGGGCCCGGCCAAGGGAAGGGGAGGGGACGUGGCUCGUUACCUGGGCGCGGGCGUUGGCGAGGGGAGUUCGCUCUCCCGCCGGGGUUACUCCGCGAGGGCACCCGGCCUGUCGCUCCCCCGGCGGCCCGGAGCGCUCCUCGGCCCCCGCCCCAAGGCGUCCGGGCCAGGCCGCCCUUCCUCGGCGCCGCGCCGCUGCCCGCGCGGGCCGGGCCGCCUCGAGCUCCCGGACCGCCCCACCGCGGGGGCGCCUCUCUCGCGGGGCGCCCGGCUCCCCUCACCCGCUCCAGUCCCCUGGGCGGCCGCGGAGCCGAGCGGAAGACAGGAAGGGGCUCCGGAGGAGAGCAGGAGGGUGCGAACGCGGGCUCCGCCACCCGAGCCGCUCCGUUACCGCAGCGGCGACGACGACCAGGGCCGAGGUGUUGCUGCCAACUUGUCGAGAGGACACUGAGCAUGCGCGCUCGGAGACCACAUCCGGAUAUAAAGAAACUUGUUUUUUUCCCCUAGGACCAUUUGCAAAUUUUAUGCUCAUAAGCAAUAUUGAAACAUUUAUAUUUUUUUCUUCCUACCAAACUCCUUCAGAAUUUGGCAACUUUUAAUGAGCCACAUCUCCUCAAAUAUCUCAUAUUCUUCAUUCAAAGGAGCAUCCACGCUCUGGGAGAUUCCCUCCACAAACUGUAUCCAGCUACAGUCUUGCUUUCUGGGCUGUCCUAUUUCACCUUUUUCCCCUUAAUGACCCAUACUCUGACCCACAGGCAGGAACAGCUCUACAUCCCUAGCCUGCCUGAAGUAGUUACAGAAGAAGAGAUCUUCAUCCCUACUCCCCAAAACCAAAACUGGCCCAAGUCAUUAAGAAUAAAUCCAUUUUAAAACCAAAGUAGGGAAUGAAAGGAUAAAUCCAGACCCAUUUGCUAUUGUGGCACCAUUUGCAGAGCAGGCCUAUGACCUUGUUAAAUAUGACUUCCAUUUUACUCUUCUGAGCUUAUGUCCCCAGGACUAGAAAUUACUGGAAAGCAAGAACAGAACGUAGCUAACUGUCCCACCAUAGGCACAGGCAAGAGAUAACAUUGGAGCAAACUGCAUCUUAUACAAAACCACCCAAAACCUCCUGUGUUGCAAUGCCCCCAGUAGCCCAAGGGCCACACAUCAGCAACCCCUCCCCACUCUUCUAUAAUCCAGUUAUAAUCCAAUAAAAGCUCAAAGCCCCCAUCCCCUCAGUGCUGGUGUAUCUCUCCACAUCAUACCCCUCUCCUCU